AGGGGAACCCCCACCCACACGCUUCCACGACCCCCAAUUGGCGAGGCGAGGCGAGACGGAGACGAGGCGGCGAGCGACAGAGCUCUCCCUCCCUCCCUCCGGCCUCCUCCUCAUCCUCAUCUCUCAUCUCCGGCGCAGCGUCGACUCGCGGCGGCGGAUCUCGCGCCAAGGCCGGAUUUUGACGCGAGAUCCGCCCCCGCCGCCCGGAGCCCCCCUCUACCAUCCUCGCUCGCCCCGGGGAGCGAGCCUCGCCGCCGCUCGCCGGCCCGAUCUCGAAGCAGUAGCAAGUUCGUACUUCCACCUCAAAGAUGAUGGGAUUGCUGGCGUUUGAGACAAACCAGGGUGGAUACUAUUCGCAGUUGUUUGGAAUUGGAGGAGUUAUGAUCACUGUUGCCAUUCUCAUGUUAUCCACGGGCUACUUUGGGGGAAUAGGUGCCCCGUUUGCUCCAUAUUUUUGGCCAUAUUUGGGGCAACUUCCAAAGAAGGAGCGCAAUAGGCCUGUUAGAGUGUACAUGGAUGGAUGCUUUGACCUCAUGCAUUACGGCCAUGCGAAUGCGUUGCGACAGGCAAAGUUGCUGGGAGAUCAGCUCGUAGUUGGAGUUGUAAGUGAUGAGGAGAUUGUGGCAAAUAAGGGUCCCCCUGUCUUUUCGAUGGAAGAGAGGUUGACUCUUGUUAGUGGACUGAAGUGGGUUGAUGAGGUCAUUCCCAAUGCACCCUAUGAGAUCACAGAGGAAUUCAUGAAUACCCUCUUCAACAAAUACAACAUUGAUUACAUUAUUCAUGGAGAUGAUCCUUGUCUUCUACCUGAUGGGACUGAUGCUUAUGCGUUAGCAAAGAAGGUUGGACGUUACAAGCAAAUCAAGCGAACAGAAGGUGUCUCGAGCACUGAUAUAGUUGGGAGGAUAUUGCUAACAUUCAAGCAGAAAGAUGCUGACACCGAUGUAAAUGUUGCUGUUGAUGAGAAGGAUAGAGCGGAAUCAUGUGAUGAACUGAAAAGUCAGUUAUCUCAUUUUCUUCCAACUUCUCGCCGGAUCAUGCAGUUUUCAAAUGGGCAGGCUCCUUCGCCAGGUGCUCGUGUCGUGUAUAUAGAUGGCACAUUUGACCUUUUCCAUGCUGGCCAUGUUGAGAUCCUCAGAAGUGCUAGAAAACUUGGUGACUUUCUUCUUGUGGGUAUCCAUGAUGACCAGUCUAUCAGGGAUAGAAGAGGCUAUCGCCCGAUCAUGCAUCUUCAUGAGCGUACUCUCAGUGUACUUGCCUGUCGCUAUGUUGAUGAAGUCAUUAUUGGUGCACCAUGGGAAGUUUCGAAGGAUAUGAUCACCACAUUUAACAUUUCAUUGGUUGUGCAUGGGACUGUAGCCGAGGGCAAUUCUGCUGGUGAAAUUGAUCCUUACGUUGUUCCAAAGAGCAUGGGUAUUUUUAAGACAAUCACGAGCCCAAAAACUAUAACAUCAGUCUCAGUGGCGACGAGGAUAGUUGACAAUCAUGAAGCCUAUAAGAAAAGGAACUUGAAAAAGAAGGCAAGUGAAGACAGAUAUUACACACAAAAGAAAUUUGUUUCUGGAGAUUAGUGCUGCAUAAGGAGCAUAUAUUUUUGCAGCAAACUGAGGAAAUGUAUGUGGCCACCCUGUAUUGAUGUUAUUCUACAGCAGAGACUGGAACAUAAAAUUGGCUAUAGAAAGGUCAUAGUGAUACUUUGACAGUCAUUCGACAAUGAGGAUCGGCUGGAGGAACUAAAUUAGGGAAAUGAAAAAGAGCUGUCACAUUCUUCUGCUAUUGCUCUCGUAGGAAGAAGAGCUCACUUGACAUCAAGAGUUCACAUACAUGAUUCUUUUUUGACUUAUGUUGGAGGGGAUAUAUUUGUAGCUGAACAUCUUCAGCAAAUCCAUGUUGUAUACUUGUGUGUUAUUAAUUAACAGCGUGUGGAGUGAUUAGCAUUGCAUACUCCCUGAUUGUACUAUGCUAUACUUUGAAAAUUUAUACUGCUGAGACAAAGAACCUAGUGAUGAUCUUAUUCUAUUGUAUUUGUUGACA